AUGCCGGCACACCCCUCGGUUCCUGUCAUGCCGCUGCCAUUCCCUGUUCCCCCCUUGGGCGGUUACGGCGGGGCGUCUCCCCAGCCUUCUGCUGCGGGUCAUCUUCAAGGGGGACCUCCUCACGGGCCCCCAGGGUUCUUCCCCCCUGCCUUUGUGGGACAGCAGCAGCAACCUGAGCAGCAACGCGUUUCUCCCCAUCCCCAGCAGAGCCCCCAGACCCAGCAGCCGUCUCCUGCUGCUGCGGGCCCCUCCACAACCGUACAGAAAAGGCCCCCGCAACAGCGGACGCCCCCUGUGCCAGCGAAGAAGCAACAGACAGACAGCAAGCCAGCAGGUGCUUCGGACUUGAAGGCGGCAAUAGCCUUUGUUCCCACUCACUUGAGCUUGGCCAAGUUUUUAGAAGCCAACAAACAACAGGGAGAGGGAAAAGGAAUUGGGGGGACGCCAAAAGCACCGGCGCCUGCAGAUCUCGACAGGGCCUUCGACGAGUUCUUAAAGGAGGUGGGCGCAUCUUAG